AUGAUUCACGAAAUAGCAACCGCCAUUCAAGAUAUUCUCGAAGACGAAGUUGCUGUGCGCGAGAACGACGGCACCUUUGAGAACCUGGACGCCGAACGUGCUGUUCAAGAAGCUGCGGCUGCUGAGACUGCAAAGCAGCAAGAGCAAGAGCUUCAAAGGAAGAAAGACGAAGAGCAAGCCGAGGAAGAGCGUAUGUUGCAACAACUGGUUAGCGAUGAGAUGCGCCGCAAGGACUUGAUGGUAAAGCGCAAGAACAGAGCGUCUGCAGUCGUGCCGACGUCCUACUUUCCUACCGAAGAGAACCCCAGCCGAAUUUCAUUCGACAGAAAGGUCUCCUUCCCACAUGGCGACUCGAUGGUAGACUGUAGCGUGGUGGAAGGUAUGCUUCCCUUCCGUGCUGGCCCUGUAACCGAGAAUCUGCUUGUCAAGCCUGCGGGAAAUUCUUCUGCUCUGACCCUCGUCUUGAAGCGUGCUCGUGUGGGUGGUGGCAACUCCUCUGCCGGACCGCAACUGAAGAAGGCCAUUAUGGAUUUUGAGGAAGAGAUGGAAGAAAUCAAGCGACUACGCCAAAACGCUAUCAUGACCGUGCUAGAUUUCAAGAUUGAGCAUCUACCUUCUUCUGGAUGGGAAGUCAAUAUACUCAUGGAGCAAGCGAGUAAAGGGUCUCUAGGCGAAAAGCUGGAAGAUGAUGGCCCUGUCACCAUCGCUAAAGUGCGCUCUUGGACUAUCGAGCUCCUAGAGGCCCUCGACUUCCUUCAUCGUAACGGUAUUGUUCACAGGCGUGUACACCCCCGCAAUAUUCUUUUCAAAAAAUCUACUACUGGCAGCAUCUCGGUCAGUUUGGCAGAUGCAGGUUUCCAGGACAGCCUGCAUGUUAUGCAAAAUCUAUGUAGGGGCGAGCCAGCUUCCACUACGUCCAGAUCAGCCUUCUGGAUCGCCGCAGAGCUAGCACAGGAUGCGCGUCGCACACGAAAGACGGAUGUGUGGGAUCUCGGAGUAGUCUUCUUGCAAAUGCUAUUCGGACUUGAUGUGCCUCAGAAGUACAACUCGCCGAAGGAUCUGUCGGAAAGCCUAGGGUGCUCCGACCCACUCCAGGAGAUCAUGAGGAAGUUCUUCAAACCUGACCCGAAGAAACGGCCGUCUGCUUUCGAUCUCAUCCCAUGUGAAUUUCUGCGGGACGAUGUUCCGAUUUACGACCGACCCCCGUCGCCGAUACGAUCUCGACACUCCUCCACUUCUUUGAGUCGCUUCAAACUUCGGCGAGAGUCUUCUUCCGGGGUCGGAGGGUCUUACUCGCGAUAUGCCACUGACUGGGUUGAGCAAGGCCGACUAGGGAAAGGUGGUUAUGGCGUGGUGGUGAAGGCACGCAACAAGGUCGAUGGACGGACUUAUGCGAUCAAGAAAAUCAAGCAAAAGUCGGCAGCCGCGCUUAGCAACGUACUCUCCGAGGUGAUGCUGUUGUCACAACUCAAUCACCCCUGUGUGGUGCGCUAUUACACCGCUUGGCCGGAAGAAGAUACGCUUGGCAUGCCUGAGGCGGGCGAUGAUGAAUCCAUAACCUUGAACAGUGAUGAAUCUGGAAGCGAAUCAGAUGGCUCGGACAGCAGCGCAAACGGUAUGGCUUUCAGUACAAGUACUUCAGGCUUAGACUUCAUCAGCUCUAGUGGCUACCCCAAGAUAGAAUUUGGUUCGGAUGCAGGCUCAGACGAGGACGAUGAUGCGAUGUUAGAAGGCCUUGCGCACAUUCAUGCACUUGGUAUCAUACAUCGUGACCUCAAACCAGACAACAUAUUCAUCGAUGUGGCGAAAAUCCCUAAGAUUGGUGAUUUUGGGCUCGCUACCAGUGGUCAGUACCAGAGACCAGACAAGAAGGCAUCCGCAGGAAUCCAGGAUGGCGACAUGACUCGAAGUGUGGGUACUGCGCUGUAUGUGGCGCCAGAGCUCAGCUCCAACAUGACCGGCAGCUACAGCGACAAGGUGGACAUGUACUCCAUGGGCAUCAUCUUUUUCGAGAUGUGCUUCCCUUUGACAACAGCGAUGGAACGAGAUAGGACCAUUCGUUCCUUGAGAGAACGAAAGCACGAUCUGCCUGCGGAGUUCCAGACACCAGAGAAGUCAUUACAGGGUAGCAUCAUUGAGUCCUUGAUCAGUCAUCGACCAUCCGAACGACCGAGUUGUGGUGAGCUACUGCGGACUGGAAAGGUUCCCCUACAGAUCGAAGACGAGGCUGUCAAAGAAGCACUCAAAGCACUGUCUGAUCGCAACUCCCCACACUACACGAAGAUGAUGGCUGCUCUUUUCUCUCAACAGCCGGACACGCAGGCCCGGGAUUAUGCAUGGGACAUGGGCGUCGCAGCCAACACCAUCAAGGCAAACGACAUACUGUUGCAGAACCUGGUCAGGGACAGGCUGGCUAUGGUUUUCCGUAGCCAUGGUGCUGUUGAGAUCCAGCGCCAGCCCCUUCUACCCUGGUCAGAUCAUUACGCCAACACCAAUGCUGUCAAACUCUUCGAUCCUUCUGGAACCCUUGUUCAGCUCCCGUACGAUCUGACUCUGCCGUAUGCUCGAAGCAUCGGUCGUGGCGCACCAUUCCUCGAGAAGACGUUCACAAUCGGCCAAGUGUACCGAGACAGUUAUUCCGGGGGUGCACCUCGCAGUAAUGGCGAGGCAGACUUUGACAUCUUGUCCUACGAUACACUGGAUCUUGCUCUAAAGGAAGCUGAAGUUCUAAAGGUUGUCGACGACAUCAUUGACGAGUUCCCUGCAUUUGGCUCUACACAGAUGUGCUUCCACCUCAACCAUGCAGACCUUCUGGACAUCGUAAUGGACUUUUCUCGUAUUAGCGCCCCGCAACGUCCACUUGUAAAGACGGUACUAAGCAGGUUGAACACUGGAAAGAAUACUUGGCAAGUGAUACGGAACUUACUGCGGUCUUCGGAUGUCGGCAUAUCCUCCACAUCACUGGACGAUCUUGCUCGCUUCGACUGGAGAGAUUCACCAGAAAAAGCAUUCUCUAAACUGAGACGCAUUUUUGAGGGCACCAAGUACCUUGAUCGAACACACGCAAUCUUCGCACAUUUGAAAUCUGUGGUUGGCUACACCAAGCUAUGGAACGUGAAGCGAAAAGUCUAUGUCAGCGUCCUGGGUAGCUUCAACGAAAAGUUCUAUGCUGGCGGAAUCAUGUUCCAAUGCUUGUUUGAUACGAAGCAGCGCGAGGUACUAGCUGCUGGUGGGCGAUACGAUAAAUUGAUUGACGAGUAUCGACCGAAGGGACCAGGUCACGCUCAUUCAACCUCGAGCUACCAUGCUGUUGGUGUCAAUCUUGGCUGGGACAGACUUGUAAACGCCAUGACGCGCUACCUCAAAAAGCCAGAAAAGUCGACAUUUUUGAAGAAGCACGCCGACGAAGACACACCAAUAGUGUCAUGGAUGCCACGACGCUGUGACUGCCUAGUGGCUAGUUUUGACUCCAACGUGCUUCGUUCGGCUGGCGUCAAGCUGGUGGCUGAGCUCAUUGCGCAUGGCUACACUGCAGAGCUUGCCGUAGAUGCCCACUCGGUCGAAGACAUACUCCGCCACUAUAGAGACGACAGACACAGUUGGGUCAUUGUCAUUAAGCAUGGUCUUGCACCAGACAAGCCAGAACUCAAGGUUAAGUCUAUAGGAAAGAAGGAAGACACAGAUCUUCGCACUGGCGAUUUGUUGAACUACCUUCGUAACGAGCUCCGAGACCGCGAGGCCCGUGAAGGUAGCGCCGCACAGCGUCUCACUAAAGCCGUACCUACUGCAAGCUCUUCCGCACCAGCAUCCGCCAAGAACAACGUCGAUGUCCUGAUGGCACAACACCGCUCCAAGAAGUCGAACAAGUGGUCCAUCGUUGAAGCCGCACAAACUCGGUCUUCAGAGCUCCUCUCGUCCUUCAACUCUGCGCCCAUCGCAGCUAUCGAGACUAAGGAAGAGGUCAUGAAUCUGAUUCGCGAGACAAGGUUGAGUGACCCCGAUUCCUGGCGCCAAGCGAUUCAGAAGAUGCCAAUCGCUGAGAGAAAGUACCUCCAGGAGCUUCAUGAUCUGCUACUCGGAUACAGAGCGCGAUGGAACGAGAUGAAGAACGAAGAAGGCAGGGGAAGUGGUGAGGGUGGCAAGGCUUUUGUGUACAACUUCAGAACCGGAGGAUGCCUGCUGUAUGACUUGGAAAGCUAA